CGAAGAGAGCUUUGAAGGCUUCCAAAUCAUCACCUUAUAUCAAAAUCUUAAACAUGGAAUCAUCGGCUUCAGUUUCAGCCUCAGACCACCAGACUUCAGGAUCACGGCCACAUGAUUACUCUCAACCUCAUGCAAACCAUCAAUUUGCUGUCGAACAAUUACCUACCUAUACUGAUCUCAAAGAUCAAGAAGGUCAUCGGUUUGGAAGAUGGAAAAGUUGGAUCGAAAAACGAGCACGGGAACGUGUUCACGAACGUGAUGAAGAACGUCGAGAAGUUGCGGCCCAAGGUCGAAGCUUUGGAACUGGAUGGGACCCACCUGAUUAUCAUUCGACUCAAGAUCAUUUAACUCCGGAGCCACCCACCCCAAAUUUCAAUGGACAACAGCAACAACCAAGGCUUGAUCGAAAUCCGUCGAUCAUCUCUUCUCAAAAUGAAACUGCUGCUUUUGCUUCUGCAGCUCAGCAUCACAAGACCGCUCUACUUCGAGCCUCUAAAGGCUUCUUGAACCCUCUGUCUGCAACACCCGCUCGCCCUUUUCUCGAACCAGGCCCAGGCGCAAUAAAUCUCACUCCAUCCACCUCCGUUCAUCAGAUUGGGUCACGAUUUCUACCCCAAUUCAACUCCCAACCACUUUGUGCUGUUCCUCUUCCAUUAAAUCAUCCAAACUUAUUCGCAGAUGGUCGAAGGGUAGAACGUUUUUUGCUUGUG